AGGCAAAGGACGAGCGCUGUGGCGGCGACUACUCUCUGGCAAGACAUCAUCGACGGCGUUUUCGCUUCGGCAAGCCACCGCCGGUCGUCGACCCGGCCCUGGAGAAGGGCGAGGAUUCGGUUCUGGAGAACGUGGAGGGCCGAUUCCGCUUCAGGGGCGCGGCGACGACGGCGAUGGACAAGGUCCUGCCGCCGGAGGAGCCUUUGGGCCUCCAGGUUUUGGAGCAGGUGGACGGCCAGUUCCGAUUCAAGGCCGCUGCGGCGCCGACUGAGGCGAUGGGCACCUCGGUGCUAGAGAAGGCCAACGGCCAGUUCCGGUUCAAGGCGGCCGCUGCGCCGGAGGAGGCGCCGACGCCGCCGGCGGUGCACGCGGCCGCGCCGCAGGACUCGCGCGCGGGCGGUGUGUCUCCCGAGGCGGGCUCCCAGAGAAGCGACAUCCUCCGCAACGGCCUGAUCCUGCUCGGCGCCGGGGCUGUCGGCCUCCAGCUGCAGCUGAGCAAAGACGCGGAGGAGCGCGAGCGAGCGCGGCGGGCGGCCGAGGAGCGGGCUGCCCGCGAGGGGCUGCUGCCGCUGCUGCCCUUGGCGCUGGUGGCGGGGCUCGCGCUCCCCGGGGCGCUGGCGACCACGAGCCAGGUGGAGCGGAGGAUCAGGCAAUCGAAGGAGGACGCCAAGAUGGAGAAGGUGCUCGGCUCCAUGUUCUCGCGCCGUUACCUUGGGAAGCGGACCUACGACAGCUGAGCCACCCUGUGCGAACGCCGCUCGUGCGCUUAGCGGUGUGCCCGGGGAGGAACGUGAGAGGAAGGGGGGGGGAGAAGUGUGCUUUUUUUCGGGCCCCAAAGGCCCCCUCUUGGGGCCCUACAGGGCCCCUCGAGGGGCCCCCGAGGGCCCCUGUGCCGCAGCCCUCGCUCUGCCGACCCACGCGUCGCGUGGGUAGAGGUUGCCGUGCGUGGCGCCGCCCCGCGUUUUCCCAGCCGGCAGUCGGCCACUGGGGCGUGCGCCCGCCGGGUUUUGCCUCCCCUGCUGGAUCGGAGCGCCCUCCUGACCCUCGUCGUUCUCCCCCUCCUCCCCGCCUCCCGAAGCGGGAAGGGGCCUCUUGGACACCCCCCUCUUGGCCGCCCCCGGGAGCUCCGGCCUGGAAGGCUGGCAGCGCGGUCGAGCCGUCGGCCCCCCACGGCCUCGGCACGCGCCGCGCCGCAAGUUUGUAAGUAAGCCUGGCGCCGCGGUGACCUCGCCGCUCUCGCGAGGAGCAGGAGGCUCAACAUCAGCAUCAUCAG